UGAAAGCAAAAGGAGAGGGAAAUGUAGAAUGAGAGAAGUGCGAUUGUAAGAAGCUUGACUUUCUUGCACAAGGCUCUGUGGUGUGAAUCAAGUCUCCGAAUGAGUUCGCAAGGUUCCGAAGGUCACAGUGCUGUGAAGAUGCCCUGUGUGUUUGAGCCUUAUAAGAAGCAUAAACACGUAGGCAAAUGUCUAAUCAUCAGUAAUGAGCACUUCCGCUCACCACAUUUAUGUAGAAAAGGCUGUUCAGUGGACGAACACUUACUGUCGAACACGUUCAAGUCCCUGGGAUUUCAUGUACAAGUGGAGAGGAACUUGUCAGCUAAUGAAAUGAUCGGUGCACUGAGGAAAGUUUCUAAGGAGAACCACACAGACAAUUCCUGCUUUGUGUGUGUACUGAUGAGCCAUGGAGAGGAAGGAACAAUUCUGGGAUCGGAUGAGCGCUGGAUCCCUGUCAAAACUCUAACCUCUCUCAUGACCUCUGACCUCUGCCCUAGUCUGCGGGACAAGCCAAAACUCUUCUUCCUACAGGCAUGCAGGGGGCUGGAAUAUGACCCUGGUGUUGAGGCAGACAGUGUAGAAGCACCGGGGGAAUUUUUUGGAAUAUCUGACGCUCCCGAAGCAGAUUUUCUCUGCUGUUAUUCCACAGUGGAAGGGUACUACUCUUGGAGAAAUCCAGAAACAGGCUCUGUAUUUAUCCGUGAACUUUGCAAGAUGUUGAUGGACUGUCAUCUAGAGAUUAUUCAGAUUCUGACAAGAGUAAAUCAUUGCGUGGCCAAUCAGUUCCAGUCUUACACCAGAGACCCGGAUACACAUCGAAAGAGACAAAUGCCGUGCUUUGCCUCCAGACUGACCAAGGAGUUUUACCUCCAUGUGCCAGAGAAGAAAAAUACAUUUUAUUUUUAA